GACCCCACUUUACAAACUGGUCCCACAAAAAAUUCAUAUUAUUAUUUUAUUAUUUUUCUCUCUCUAAACCCUAAAAAUCGCAAAUGCUAUUCAAUUCAAAUUCACCCAUACCCCAACUUCUUUAACCACAUCAUCUAACGCCUAAUAUCUAACCACGUUUCCUCCGACUUCAAUCUCAACCCUUUAUGACACCUGUCAAGGGCAAAAUUAAGGUCAAGUGAGAGAAUUCAACUUCACCGUCCGAUCAUAACUUACAGAAAAUCGACGACUCGUAUUUUACCCGGAGUUUCCACGGGCAGAUCUUGAUUGCCUUUAUUAACCCUUCCCAUCCUUCACUUAUUCCUCGCUCUCAUCAAGUGGAAACCCUAAUUUCAUCCCUUUUUGUUUCUCUCUCCACAAAAAACCAAAUUAAGUAAAUCCCCAAAUUUUUCCGGUGAUUUCUUAUCCGAAAAGGGUUUAAUGGUGCAAAGGUGACCGGGAAUCCCGGAUAGUUGCCGGUAAUGACGUCGGCGAUUUUAAUGAGCAGAAAUGAGACGAAUAAUUUCCUCUCACAUAACAAUCAUCAACAAUCUUCAAACAAUUACAUGGGUAAAAGCCCUUUUCAUAACCCUAACCGUAACCCUAACCCUUAUUUAGCUAAUCAGCACCAUUUUUCCAGGAAGCAGUUAAAUCAUGAAAAUGGAGAUUUGCCAUCUACUACAUCUACAGAUGAUGCGUUGUCGUUUAAUCAUCGUGUGAAUCAAGAGAAAUUCGGUGAUUAUGUCAGUUUCGAUCUUUCGAGUUUAUCAAAAUCGGAGAUCCGGUCGUUGAAGACUCGAUUGGAAUCGGAUCUUGACAGAAUUCGGGCGCUUUCAAAUCAAAUCAAUUCGAAUCCCCGAAACGUUUCUGUAAACAAUCACGUGAAGAAACGUCCGUUGCCGUUUCAACCGCAAUUGAAGGAGGCGAAACGUGGGAAAGUUCAACAAUCUGGUGAAUUAUCGAGAGUGGCAAGUCCCGAGGUGAUGAAAAUGUGCGCGCAUGUGUUAACGAGGAUGAUGAAACAGAAAUUAGGGUAUGUAUUUAAUGAACCUGUUGAUGUAAUUGGAAUGGGGUUACAUGAUUAUAAUCAGAUAGUUAAGAAACCAAUGGAUUUAGGUACAAUUAAGAAGAAAUUAAGCGGAAGGGUUUAUCGUAAUCCUGAUGAAUUUGCUUUAGAUGUUAGAUUAACUUUCAAUAAUGCUCUUUUGUACAACCCUAAAGGGCAUGAAGUUCAUUCAUUGGCUGAGAAAUUUCUUGCGAAAUUUGAGGAAUUUUUCCAGCCUGUUUCGAUGAAGUUUCAGUUGGAAAAGACCCAAUCUUUCAGUCGGGAUGAAAAUGCUGAAUUUCCGAGGAAUGAAGAAUUUGUCAUUGUUGAUGAUGAAGCUCAGGGUAGUUCUUGGAGUAAAAAUCCGUCUCCUGUGCAGAAAUCUGAACCUGCACCACUACCUCCUCGAGCUGUUGAAUCUAUUCUUGUUCCGACGCCAACACCAACAUCAACACCAAUGCCAGCUCAAGCAAAACCUCCUCCAGCUGAACAGGAUGUGAUAGCGGUGAGAGAGAGGGUGAGGAGUGUGAAGUUGCCAAAGCCGAAAGCGAAGGAGCCAAAUAAAAGGGAGAUGACAAUGGAAGAGAAGCAUAAAUUGGGAGAAGGGCUGCAAAGUUUGCCUGUAGAGAAGAUGAGUCAAGUGAUACAGAUUAUUAGAAAAAGGAAUGGGCAUUUGACACAAGAUGGGGAUGAAAUUGAGCUGGAUAUUGAAGCUGUUGAUACAGAAACACUUUGGGAACUUGAUAGGUUUGUUACUAAUUUUAAGAAGAUGGUUAGUAAAGUAAAGAGACAAGCUUUAAUGGAUAUGCAGAACAACAAUGUAGGUCAUCUUAAAGAACAUAAUCAGUUGCAGGUGGAAGGAAGCCAGAGAGUGAUGGAGACCACGAAGGCGGUGAAGAGGGGUGCUGGAGAUGACGAGGAUGUAGACAUUGGAGAUGAAAUGCCAGUGCAUGACUUUCCACCAGUGGAGAUUGAUAAAGACGAUGACAGAAAUCAAGGUGGUGGUGGUGGUGGUGGUGGUGCAAGUAGCAGUUCAAGUAGUUCAGGCAGUUCAAGCAGUGAUUCAUCCUCUUCUAGUGAUUCUGAUUCGGGGAGUUCAUCGGGCAGUGAUUUGGAUGUUGACGACGCCCAAUCUCGCGACAAUGAGUCUAAGAAUAUCCCCCAUUGAUAGGGUAAGGAAUUGAGAAUGUUGGUAAUGCUGGGGAUAUUGCUCAAUGACCUCAAUUGCUGUGUUUUUGGGUGAAGUAAGCAUGAUAUAUUUUUGUUGUUUGUUGCUGCUGUUAGAAACCCACCAAUGGAUAUGGUAAUGUGGAAGUUUGCUUUGACUAGACUCAGGGUUAAAGACUCAUUUGUACAGAGGAAGAGAAUUAUGAGGAGUAGCUUUGGUUUUCUAAUAUUAAUUGUUGGGUAUCAUAUGAUUGUCAUGGAAGAAACAGAACAGAUCAACAGAUGAUUGAUGAUUGAUGAUUGAUGAUGGGUUUUCUUUGUGCCCAAGGGAAGAAUUGAGAAGAGGAUGCUUCACAAUCUGAAUGUAGAGAUGCUAGUAGUGAUUUGUGCGGGUCACAAACAGAACGAAAAAGAGAGUUGUAAGGUAGGGCAAGUAAUUUAGGUUAGUAAAGAAGGUAGAUGGCCCUCCAAAAAAAAUCUUAGGAAGUGAACCUUAGAAUUGAAGGUAUGAGAUGUUCUUUUAUUUUUUGUUUGAUUUUUAGAGGAGGGUUUUUAGGAAUGGAGAAAGUUGGAAUACUUUUGUACACAUGACAACACCUUUUGCUUAUAAAUACAUGAGAAGAUUUUAUGAAUCAAAAAGAGCAAAUCUCUAUUUCUAGUUGGAUAUUCCAUUGAAGAAAAAUAAUUGAAAGUGACAUUUAUCUCGAAUUUGAUAAUACUCUCUUCGUUCUCUCAAGUUCGUUGGAGUGCAUAAAAAGCGUUCAACUCGAGACUCGAGACGGGUGUCGUACUUCUUCAUAUGUAGAGAGUAGAGACUAAGUUCACACGAGAGGUGAGUAGAAUAGUCAUUUGUGUCAAAUGAUGAAUUUGACAAUCUGUGCUUAGCUGCUGAUUUGCUGGUCCAGCAAGAAGAUGUUCUUUUCCAGUUAAGAUAGUUUUGUCACAAAGUUUAGAGUUCUGACCCAAGGUGAGUUUGUGAGUUGUGAAACAAACUAAAAAGUUAACAAACCAACAUACAAAAUUCAGAAACAUGCUUUAAUAUUUGCAAUGAUCAUUGAUCAUCAAUUAACUCUUAUUAUUAUAGGGGAACAAAACUAUCAGAUGAUUCGAUACUUUUUGAUUUGAAUCUUAGGAUAUAUGAUUGAAAUUCCAACUCGAAUUGGAUUAUAUGACUUGAAAAUUCGGAUAUAAAUUCAGACAUUCGACUUUUGAAUAUUCA